AUGUGGGCUAGGCCAGUCGUCAAGUCUAAUUCAGUGGCCGUUGCUCCGGCUAAGGAGCCAAAAUGGGGUCGCUACAUCCCAGAACCUCCACCAUCACUCCGCUCUGCUACUCUGCCGGUCGUUCCCCUUCCUCCACGACAUGGCUCUGUAGUAUCCCAUCAAAACCCUUAUUAUGAUCCGCAAUCCGACGUUUCCUUCGACAGCCAAACGUCAUCCACAUCUUACGGCGGCGGUGGUACUGGCCCCGGCAAACGACUUUCUAUGAACUAUUACGAUGGACCCCCAGACCUUCCUUAUCAUUAUUACAACAAUGCCAGCAUCACUUCUAAUAAUAAUUAUCCACAGCUGACCAUGUUACCCAUGGUGCCACUCAUGGAUAGAAUCGACUUGUUUAAUACAGUCAAUCCGUCAUCUAAUGCUACUACUACACAUCCUACAACAACAACGACUACAGAUAAUCAUCGCUAUUCGGACUUGUUCUCUUACACUGCGACGUCCCCACAGCCACCAGCAGCGUCACAACUAUCACCAUUGAUGCAUCACCAUCAAUCUCCACUGUCAUCCCCAUUAUUUCCACCUCCACACUUUACAGCAACUUCGUAUCAGGAUAAACACACGUCAUGGGAUUAUGAUCAUUAUCCACCACCAAGUCAUUCAAUGUCACCCUUAUCUCCGUCUCCAUUGUCGCCAUCGCCUCUAUCACCUAUUACACCAGUAGUACCGCUGCAUCACCAUCAUCACUCGUCGUCCCCAGGAGCCAACAUGCUUAUGCCUCAACGACACCCGUCGCACCGCUAUUCAAUGGCCUCAGAUACACAGUCGUCGGUCGGCUACUCAUCAUCAUCUAAUACAGCUUAUCAUACUCAAACACCCUCAGCAACAGUGAUUAGCGGAGGGGGUGGAAGAGAUAUUUACCCGAUCGACCAUCCCUAUAACACCAGCAAUAGUAACAGUAGCAGCAAACGCUACUCCCCUCCUAUGAUGCCAGAAUUUAGCAUGUCACCACCGCCGUUUACUGGUGCUACUGUUAUUGGAAGUGGUGGACCAGUGAUGGACGAGAGACGUCGUCCAUCCGUUGUUACAGUGGAUUCAAUAUCAGUUCAAAAACCCCAGCAAUAUGAUUUACAUCGCUCAUCAUAA